GGGUUUUUUUUUUUUUUUUUUUUUUUUUAUUGGGUGGGGGGUGGAAUUACUCUAUGUAACUUCUCUUGAGAUUUUACAUAGUGCUCUAUGACUUUUCUUGAUUUCCAGCCUCUACUUAAUGCAUAUUGACCACAGACGAACGGGCUUCACUGAAUUUUCCACUCUGCAACCCCUGGAUUUUCUGGGCAUUGUUUUAGCUGGUGUUAUCAUCUAAGUCCAAAAUGAACAUAUGAUCUAAUCGUAAACUCAAUCAAGACAAGAUUAAAAAUGCAGUAACAGACAAAACGAUUCUCAUACAUCAAGACAAGAUCUUAUUGCAGUAACUCAGUCAAAACGUUUCUCAUAUAUCAAGACAAGAUUCCAUUGCAGUAACUCAGGAAAAACGUUUCUUACAUAUAGAACUGUAAACCAAUCAGGCACACAAGCCCCGUUGACCAAAAGCUCCAGGUAGAAGAACCUGAGCCUUCAGCACCUUCAUCUCUCUCUAUCUUGAAGUCAUGAACAUUCUCUUCCUCCUUUCCCUCUUCCUGUUUCCUAUCUUUUAUCUCCUUAUUAUUAGGAGAAGACGACUACUAUUGAAACGGUUGCCCCCUGGAUCAUUAGGAAUACCAGUUAUAGGCCAGAGCCUUGGCUUUCUCUGGGCAAUGAGGGCUAACACGGCUGAAAAAUGGUUUGCAGAAAGAGCUAAAAGAUAUGGUCCAAUCUCGAAGAUGAGUCUCUUUGGAAAACCAACUGUUUUCAUCCAUGGACAGGCUGCCAACAAACUUGUGUUCUCAAGUGAUGGCAGCAACAUGAGCAACCAUCAGACGGAAUCUAUGAAGAGGAUACUUGGUGACCGCAGCCUGGUGGAACUCAGUGGCGAAGAACAUAUGCGUGUCAGAAAAGCUCUUGCUUCGUUCCUCAAGGCAGAUAGCUUAAAGAUCUAUGUUGGAAAGAUGGACGAAGAAAUCAGGUUGCAUCUUCUAAUGCAUUGGCAAGGGAAACAGAAAGUUACGGUUUUACCACUGAUGAAGACGCUGACGUUCAACAUAAUUUGCUCCCUUCUUUUUGGUGUUGAAAGAGGAGCAAGACGAGACUCACUUAUUCAGUAUUUUCAACACAUAAUGGCAGGGGUGUGGUCGUUCCCGGUUAAUCUGCCGUUCACGCGCUUCAACCGCAGCCUCAAGGCCAGUGCUGAGAUUCAGAGAAUAUUGAAACAGCUUAUAAGUGAGAAAAGGAUUGAACUUGAAAAUGGGGCCUCGUCUCAUCAAGAUCUCAUUACCUGCUUGCUCAGCAUUCGUGGGGAAGAUGAUCAAGAAUUGAUGUCUGAGGAUGAGAUCGUACAAAAUGUUAUGCUUAUUAUGAUUGGUGGAUAUGAUACAUCCUCAGUUUUAAUUACUUUUAUUAUCCAAAUUCUGGCAAAUGAUCCAAAUAUACAUGCAGCCGUUCUAACAGAACAAGAGGAGAUUAAAAAGAGCAAGCCCUCUGGAGAGCUGUUGAAAUGGGAAGAUCUUGCCAAGAUGAAGUACACAUGGAGAGUAGCAAUGGAGAUUCUUCGAACGAUUCCUCCUACAUUUGGAGGCUUCAGAAAGGCAUUAGAGGACAUUGAGUUUGAAGGAUACAUAAUACCAAAAGGAUGGCAAAUAUUCUGGGUCACUAGCAUGACUCACCUGGAUGAUACCAUUUUCCCAGAACCAUCAAAAUUUGAUCCAGCCAGGUUUGAGAGUCCAGAAUCUAUACCACCUUACUGUUACAUUCCAUUUGGAGGGGGAGCUCGUAUUUGUCCCGGAUAUGAGUUUGCAAAGAUGGAAACUCUUGCGACGAUUCAUUAUCUGGUUACUCAGUUUACAUGGCAACUCUGCUGCAAGGAUAACGGCUACCAAAGGCAUCCUCUGCCAGAACCCAAUCAAGGACUUCCAAUUGAAAUUAUACCGAAGGAAGUGGUGUGAUCUAGAUACUGUGACACUUGAACAUAAAAGUGGCCUAUUGAGGCAUAUUUGCGCAUUCCCUCUGAAUAUGCAAUUCCAAUACCAAAAUGGAAGUACUUCCUGUGGGCAGUCUAGCUAUUUGAUAUGGCUAACUAACUAAUAAGAAUGUUGUACUUGGCCAAGUUCUUCCUCAACAGAGUUCUUUAUUUACCUUUUCCUGAGAUGCUAUAGCAAGAUUUCUUCACCUUAAA